AGGAACCAAGGAAGGAGGUCGGACCAGCAAACCCCCCUUGUGAGCCGAGGACGACAACGACCAAGGAGGCUUGCUCGGAACGUUCAGGAACAGCCCGAACCGGUACGCGUAUGGCCGUCAUGGAAGACAUUCGAGGGCCAGAUUUGAGGCACGCAACAGCUGACCUAGACCCUGAAUCAUUCACGUGGCUGAAAGAGUUGUCCUACAAGGAGAACCUGACAUCUUUAAACCUGGUGAAGUUCCUUAAGUCAGCGACAAAAGAAUAUCAAUAUUUAGAUGUCGGUUGCGGACCAGGCAACUUCCUCGCAGAAAGGCUGCUGCCACGUCUCCAUCCAUUCGCACGCGUUGUCUCAACAGAUAUAUCUGAAGACAUGAUUCAAUACGCUCAAGAGCACCACAAGAAGCCCAAAGUAAACUUUGAGGUUUUGGACAUCGAGAAAGGAGAUGUUCAUUUCAUAAUCAAUAUGUACGGACUAUUUGACCGCCUCUACUCCUUCUUGACUUUUCAUUAUAUUUGGGACUUGCCAAAAGUUUACCGUAACAUCAGUCGGCUUCUCAAGGAUGGGGGAGAGUGCCUGGUUGUUUACUUCACAAGAACUGGUAUCACGGAUGUCUGGCACCAAAUAUAUCAAAACGAAGAAUGGCAAUUGUAUAUGCCGGACCUCUCGUCAAUGUUUGCCGAGCGGUAUUGCUUCAACGAACCGGUAGACGAGAAGAAGCUCGGUGACCUGGAGAAAAGCGCUGUGAAGGCGGCUGGCCUAGAACUGGUCGCGUGCCACACUUACUCAAGCGUAUGGACGUUCUCAAGCGCAGACGCCUGCCUCGGUGCAUACAUCCCGUUCUUCAAGCUGGAUUCCAGGGUCCCGGAGGAAAAGCGGGCUCAUUUUUGGGAUACCUGGAGAAGUGCUCUGCGUGAAGCCUCCGUUUCAAAGGAUGGAGCUAUAAGCCUCGUCUAUGACGUCAUUGUCGUGCACUCCCAGAAACCAUCAACUUCCGCGGCUCAAGCGCAAUAAACGCCGAAGUUGCAGGUUACGGGCCAUCUGUGCCAAACCACGAAGAGGAGCCAGCGACCCUAGACACGGAAUUCUGGCAGUACGGGACAACACCUGAUGCAACGUCCCGCGACAGCAGUAAAUAAGGUUAUACUACGGAAGAUGUAAAACACAUUUAUCGAUCCGCUCUAUGGAGUUCGAAAGGUUGGUAAUCAAAAAGAACCAAGGAAUC